GUCCGCGGCCUCGACUCCUCCCCCAGGGGCGGGGCAAGCGGGGCCCAAGAUGGCCGCUCUCCGCUACCGCCGUUUCCUUAAGCUCUGCGAGGAAUGGCCAGUGGACGAGACCAAACGGGGCCGGGACUUGGGCGCUUACCUGCGGAAGCGGGUAGCACAGGCCUUUCGGGAGGGAGAGAACACCCAGGUGGCAGAACCCGAGGCCUGUGAUCAGAUGUACGAAAGCUUAGCACGACUGCAUUCAAACUACUAUAAACACAAGUACCCUCGCCCCAGAGACACCAGCUUCAGUGGUCUGUCCGUGGAAGAAUACAAGCUGAUCCUGUCCACAGACACCCUGGAAGAAUUUCAGGAGAUGGACAAGAGCGUGUGGAAGAAACUCCAGGAGAAGUUUGCACCCACGAGGCCAGAGGAGAAGCACAAAGCCUGGGCUCGGGUCUUGUCCCGCCCACGUACCUGAGCCUCGUCAAUAAAGCUGCCCAGUUCUCCACUC